UUUGACAGAAAGGCUGAUUGUGCAGGGAAGAGCUGCUCUUUUUUCUCCAAAUGAUUGGAUGAUUGUUAAUCUAUCUGUGCACUUUUUCGCCCGUCGCCUUCUCCGAUAAUUAGUAGUAGCAGUGUGAUAUCGUAGCAAUAUAUCACAAAGGUGCAAACGGGCUGGAACCAGGAGGAUUUUUUUGUUUUUGCGUUUGGUUUUAGUUGGUCAGUGUCGCGUAGUUGCAGAGAGGGUAGUGGAGUGACUAGGUGUCAACGAAAGCAAUCUAGUAGGCCCGCGAGCAAAAGUGAAAACCGGAAGCAGCAGCACCAGCACAGAAUGGCCGCGGAGAUAAAGCCAGCGCCGCGCAGUGCCAACGAUCGGUUUAGUACGACGAAGAAACCGGAGUUGCUGAACAAGUUGGAGGGAUGCAAUGACGACGUGAACGCGGCACUUUUGAUACCCGGGGAGGAAGGUGUUAUCAGCGUUUGUGAUGACAAAACCAUUCGCGUCUGGUUGCGCCGCGACUCGGGCCAGUACUGGCCGUCCAUCUGUCAGUACAUGCCGUCCGGGUGUACGUCGCUGUGCUACACGCCGGAAACGCGAACCCUGUUCAUCGGGCAGGAAAACGGAACCAUUUCGCAGUUUACCCUGUCGGACGACUGCAACCGGCUGACGCCGAUUCGGGAGUACCUGGCGCAUCAGGCGCGCAUCACGAACGUUCACUUUGCCAAGCACACGGGAUGGAUCUUGUCGGCGGGUCGGGACAAGUUCUUCGCGUACCACAGCACCGAAACCGGCGAACGGCUGGGCUGCUUCACGUUCGAAGCCAUGUGCACCUCGAUGCAAUAUGAUGCCCUUUCGAAGUACGCUUUCGUGGGUGAUUACAGUGGCCAAAUUACGAUGCUGAAGCUGAGUGCCACCGGAGCUACGGUGGUGACGACCAUGAAGGGUCACGCCGGAUCGGUACGGGCUCUGUACUGGGCCGAAGGUCCUCAGCUGCUGUUCAGCGGAUCGUACGAUCAAACGGUGAUCGUUUGGGACGUGGGCGGAAAACGUGGCACGACCUACGAACUCCAUGGACACAACAACAAAGUGUCCGCGCUGGUGUACGCGAGCAACACCCAGCAGCUGGUGUCCGCAGGGGAAGAUUCGGUGAUCGUGUUCUGGGAGAUGAACGCCAUGCGCAAGGUCGCUCCCGAGUGGGUCGAGUCGGACACGUGUCAGCUGUGUACGCGGGCGUUUUUCUGGAAUUUGCGCGCGAUGAUUGACCAGAAGCAGAUUGGCAUCCGGCAGCACCACUGCCGUUACUGCGGCAAGGCCGUGUGCGACAAGUGCUCCACGAACCGGAUCAAUAUCCCGAUCAUGGGCUUUGAGUUCGAUGUGCGCGUGUGCGAGGGAUGCUUCCAGCGGUUGAAGAGUGAAGAACGACCCUCGCUGGCGACCUUCCACGACGCCAAGCACAGCAUCGUGGCGAUGGACCUGGACGAGCCGCGGAAACGGCUGCUCACCGUCGGCCAGGACCGCAUCAUCAAAAUCUGGGACCUGUCAUCGAUCUGGACGGCCUAAUUUGGCGAAAGGUUAGAGAAGGAGAAGGAGGAGAUGUGUGUGUGAUUGGGAGGGGAAAACGCUUCCAAGAUCGAAUCGGGAGUUUUACGCGUUUAUUUUUUGUUGUCUUUUUGGUAGAGAAAAAUGAAAAAGAAAACAACUUUGGUGGUUUCGACGGUACCGACCUAAAAUCACUGUCUCACUGUACUAUUUACACACACACACUGAAAAAAUAAAACACACACACACUCAUGCAUUCGUUUGGGAUUUCUUUAAAUUCGUAAUUCUGUAAACGUAACUCGCGUAGGAAGUGCUCGGCAAAUAAUUGACUUUUUUACAGUAACUGAUUGAACUAAUUGAAGUACGAAGUGAAAUCGAUUGGAACAAUAUGUUAUAGGCAUGAUUGCAUUAUAAAUGAAUUACAAAAACAAUAUGUAGCUAAUCAAACCUAUAAAAAUAAAACAAAAAACCUCGUAUUAAGGGAGAGAACGUGAGAGGUUUAAGGGUGGGUACAGUAAUUAUACCAAAAUUUCGCAAGCAAGUUUGUUGUUUAGCCUAAUCCAGCUGUAAACAGAGAAGAGUAAGUAACCUAAAAUUAGUACUCUAGAUAAGGGCUUGAUUCGUAGCAGGAGAUACGUAUGUAUGCUUAAUUUACAAACACAUGCUAGCAAUCGAAGUUAAGUUUAUUAUUUUUCCGUCAAACAAAUGUUAUUUUUUCCGUGAAUAAAGAAAAUAUAUGUCUAUCUUGUUGAACAUUUCAUUUGCUUGAUUUUAUUACCUGUUUAUGAGAUUGGUUGCGAUUGAUUUUUUGCAUUUAUACACCGCAGUUUAGAGCUUCGAUAAUUUAAUGUAUAAAUUUUCCAAACACAAAAAUUUAAGCAAAUUAAGAAAUAACCUAUGAUCGGUGCUUUUAAUGUUCAUUGUAGAGAAAAACAAAAAAGACGUCGUGAAAUUCAUACUUAGAAAAAAUUACUACCAAAACAAGUAACGAUCUUGCAGCAAACAAAAUUGAUUUAUUAAGGUGUAUAAUAAUGCAAGCUAAAAACUCCGAAAAAGAAGAGCAUGUAUGAUAACGAAGAAUAUAUUGUUAUUAAUAACGAAUAAAAAUGAAACAAAU